AGAAAAGCCGGCCGCUGCCCCACCGCUUCCAGACCGGACUGCCCCAGCCUCCUCUCCCGCCCGGCCUCCAGACCCGCGCACAAGCUGUUGGAAGUGAAGGGAUGUCUUCUGCCAGCUCCGUGGACAUGAUUGAAACCCCCCCAGUCCUCAACUUCGAAAAAAUCGACUACAAAGAGAUAGAAGUGGAAGAGGUUGUUGGAAGAGGAGCCUUUGGAGUUGUUUGCAAAGCAAAAUGGCGAGGGAAAGAUGUGGCCAUUAAGCAAAUAGAAAGUGAAUCUGAACGAAAAGCCUUCAUAGUAGAGCUUCGACAGUUGUCACGUGUGAACCAUCCUAAUAUUGUCAAGUUAUAUGGCGCUUGUUUGAAUCCAGUGUGUCUUGUUAUGGAAUAUGCUGAAGGAGGUUCUCUCUAUAAUGUCCUACAUGGAGCUGAGCCUCUGCCUUACUACACUGCUGCACAUGCUAUGAGUUGGUGUUUACAGUGUUCCCAGGGCGUGGCAUAUCUUCACAGCAUGAAACCGAAGGCUCUCAUUCACAGGGACCUAAAACCACCAAACUUGCUCUUGGUGGCUGGGGGGACAGUUUUAAAAAUCUGUGAUUUUGGUACAGCCUGUGAUAUUCAGACACACAUGACCAACAAUAAGGGAAGUGCUGCUUGGAUGGCACCAGAAGUUUUCGAAGGUAGCAACUACAGUGAAAAAUGUGAUGUAUUCAGUUGGGGUAUUAUUCUUUGGGAAGUGAUUACCCGUAGAAAACCUUUUGAUGAGAUUGGUGGUCCUGCUUUUCGAAUCAUGUGGGCAGUUCACAAUGGUACUCGACCACCACUGAUAAAAAAUUUACCUAAGCCUAUUGAGAGCUUAAUGACUCGCUGUUGGUCUAAAGAUCCUUCACAACGACCUUCCAUGGAGGAAAUUGUCAAAAUAAUGACACAUUUGAUGCAGUACUUUCCGGGAGCCGAUGAACCUCUGCAGUAUCCUUGCCAAUAUUCUGAUGAAGGCCAAAGCAACUCUGCCACUAGUACAGGCUCAUUCAUGGACAUGACUUCCACAAAUACCAGUAACAAGAGUGAUAUCAACAUGGACCCAAACGACUUUCAAGGAACUUCCACCAAUGACACUAUUAAACGCUUAGAACUGGCCCAGCAGAUGAAAAAUUCAGCAAAGCAGUCGGGAGAGACUGGCCGUUUGCCUCCAUCUCGUGGUAGCAGUGUGGAGAGCUUGUCAGAAGUUCGGGGGAGACCACAAGCGACCCUUGUUUCUGGAGAAAGCAAGCGAAUGAGUGCUGAUAUGUCUGAAAUCGAACCAAGAAUUGUUGCUGUUCCAGCCUUUCCCAAACCUAAACGAGGCCAUCGUAAAACUGCUUCAUUUGGCAACAUUCUGGAUGUCCCAGAGAUCAUCAAACCAGGCAACGGACAGCAGAGGCGCAGAUCCAUUCAAGACCUUAGUAUUGCUGGAACAGAUUCCAACCAGGAAAGCAGAAACAGCAGUAGAUCAUCUAGUCCUAGUGUGAGAAUGAUCACUACGCCGGGACCAACCUCUGAAAAGCCAGCUCGUAGUCUUCCAUGGACACCUGAUGACUCUACAGAUACCAAUGGGUCUGAUAACUCCAUCCCAAUGGCAUAUCUUACAUUAGAUCACCAGUUGCAGCCUCUAGCACCAUGUCCAAACUCAAAAGAAUCUAUGGCUGUGUUUGAACAGCACUGUAAAAUGGCACAAGAAUAUAUGAAAGUUCAGACGGAAAUCGCAUUGCUGUUGCAGAGAAAGCAAGAACUAAUAGCAGAACUGGACCAGGAUGAAAAAGACCAGCAAAAUACAUCACGUCUGGUACAAGAGCAUAAAAAGCUUUUAGAUGAAAAUAAAAGUCUUUCCACAUACUACCAGCAAUGCAAAAAACAGCUGGAAGUCAUCAGAAAUCAGCAACAAAAACGUCAAGGGACAUCAUGAUUCACUGGGACUUCAAAUUGACAAUUGAUGCACAGAAAAACUUCUUUUUUUUUUAAUUAUCCCAUAAUAUGACAACUUCUGAGUGUUUCCUUAUUGGUGUGUGCUGAAUGUGUAGACGUACCUGCUGCUCUUCCAGCAUCAGUUCAGUAUCCUUUUUAUUUGGGUGAACAUUGAGUUUGAGAAAGGUAAGAGCAGCUACAUGAAUAGUCAGCAGCACUAAACAAAAAGCAAAAUGCAAUGAACUCUGGCUCUUUGCAUGCCCCUUGUGUGAUGGCUACCCUACCAAAAGCGAUUAAGUGGCUGCUAAAGUAUAAGAUCUUUUGGUGUUAAUGCAAUAGGAGCAGUGUAGAAAUUUUUCAAUUUUUAAAAUGUUUUUGUUCUUGUCUCAUCUUGGACCGUUAGCAAGAAUCAGUCUUUUCCCAGGUCUUUUAUCUUGCACCAAACUCAAGAAGUGAUGCUGGCUAAACAGUGUAUUCUAUUGAAUAGUUCCAGCUUCUACAUUAAAAAUGGGAAGUCUAAACUGAUGCCACCAUCACCUAGUUGAGUGCUUGAUCACCCUGCAUCUUGUAAUCUUACAGUCAUAAAAUCCUGUGAUUUCUUUAUUUUAAGGGUUGAGGAACGAGAAGGGUUUAUCAACACCAUAUGUGCGAAUUUAGGAUAAAGAUUCAUUAAGCCAAA